UCAUGAAGUGAUCUCAUUUGCAGAAUACUCAUCGCAAUGUGCGCUGAUAUUCUCUCUUUUGAUGAACUGAAAAAUGGGACAAAAUCAUUCAUUGAAAGUUUCGAUAAAAAGUUUCUAAAUCAGCAUCACGCCGCAGAUUACUUCAAACUUCAGGAGGCUCUGAAAAGCCGCCGACCAGUAUCAGUACCUGACGUCUUUGAUAUUAAGAAAAAGAAAUCAGAUGAUUUGAAUGUCCUGAUUAAGACCCUGACAAAUAUUUCAAGGACACAACUCAGGAGAAAUUUGACAACUGAACAGCACCCUGCUAGACAGAUGUGUGUGGAAGCACUUUUGGACCGCAUGAAAUGGUUGAAAUCAACUAGCUUGAAUAUGCCCGAAAUGAGAUUCACUGCUCAGCAGACAAGUAAUGCCGGGAAAUUGUAUUCAUUUGGAAAAGUUAAAAUGGCUUUCAAUCUUUGUGUCAGGGAAGGACUGUCUAUGGAUGAAAAAAAGGAGAGAGAUAAUUUCUGCAAAUCAUGCGACAUAUUUUUGAUGACAUCAAGAUACUACAGCGAAAAAGGCCCACCUUCCUUCAAGAAACAGUUUGAAAAAAAUGAAUAUGGCCUGCUUUCAUUUAAAGCACAGUAUGAAACAUUUCUGUCAAACGAAACUGAAGUUCUUAAACUUGAGCCCACAAAAUUAAAACCAAAAACAGCGAAGAAGGUCAAAGCUAAUGACGGUACAGUUGGAGUACCUGAAAGCAGCUUUCAUCCACAGCUUUGUUCUCUUUGUGAUGAUGGCCAAAAUAUCCUUAUGGAGUGGUUAGAAUGGCUCGACCUGCAGGUUCAGUGCAAUUCAGCUUUUGAAAGUUUCAAAGAUGACGGUCGAAAAAGGACGGAUGAUUUGGUCGCUAAAAGAUACUACAACCUCGUUUUCAAGUUCACCUUGCCAUGGAAGGAAUUCAUUUAUACGAAUCAAAUGGAGCCGAAUGUUGAGAAAGCUGUUUUUGACAACCAUCCAGUAUACGCAGUCUCUCCCGAGUUUGUGUUUGAAACUCACUCCAGACAAGAUAUAGAUCCUGAUGGUUUUUAUCUGUGGAAAUUAGCUUUCGGCUCUUUCGAUCGGGCCCAGACUGUCUCGGAUAUUGUGGACAAAAUGCUGAUGCCCAGAUUCAAAGGAGUUCUGGUAAAUGCGUUGGAGGCGAUAAAAAGCUCAGGAAGCCAUGAAACGCCGAAAGCGUGCACGCCAGAUGAAGCUGAUGAUUUGAUAACGAUGUCCACUAGAGAUGCUAUCUUCCACGCCAUUAAGUCUUUACUACAAGAGUUGAGAAAAAUACCAAAAGGUGAUCGAAAGCGACGAACUCCCAAUAUUCGGACAAGUUUUGAUCCAAAUUCAAUGACAGCAGACGAGUUAGUGGGGGGGCCUCUAAGUGUAGGAGAAAAAAGUAAAAAAAGAAUCUGGAGUUGGUUUCAAGACAUCUGUGACUCCAUUGACUUGCAGAGAUCGGGUCGAGAGAGCACCAAGGAUACUAUAGUGAAGCGAGAAAACUUCGGAAGGAUGAUCAAAGACGGAGUUCACAUGGGAAUAAUGACGAAAGACCAAUCCGAAAGAGUUCUCUCUGAACAACCAGCGGGAGUAUUCCUCCUGCGGUUCAGUACCUCGUGUCACGAAGAGUGCUGGGUUGUUUUGUCGCUUGUAGCAGAAGCAGAUAUUGAACAUUUCUCGUUCCCAGUGGUACAAUCACAGUCGGGUGAAAACCAGGAAAAUGUUGCUCUUCGCAUUCUAAAUAAGAUGGAAAGCUUUAGUAGUACUAGUGGAUUAUUGUCACGAAAAUCAGACGAAUUUGCGAUAUCGCCAAUAUCAGUUCUGAAAAAUUAUUCUGCUGAAACCAAACCGACAGGAUCUAAAAUGCAACCGACUUAUCAAGACGGAAAUCAGCUAUCUCUCACACUUGCCAGAAUGAAUCUAAGCAGAGGCCCCACUCCAUCGACAAGUAGUGUCAAUGGUUCUGUCGGAUCGCAAAUGCUUAGCCCAACUGGAGGCGUGCAGUUGAUAGGGCAUGAAGAUGUAUUCAUGAGCUCGCUAAUUGACCAACAGGAUAACUUCAAUGGCAAUCAAAUGGGCGUUGGAGGAAACGAGUAUUCAAAUCUACAGUCUUUAUCGGGUUUGAUGGCUCUUUCACACCAAAGCGGACCAGUCACUCAAGUGUUGGGCGUCUUAAUGGAUAACCAAUCAAAUGUCCCUCCUGAUCUUCAGGAUUGUGAUCCUGAUCCAACUUUAAGUUGGGUCGUCAGCAACCAUCAAGGAAGUGUGACUUCGAAUGGCUCGGAGUUGCCCACAUUUGAGAGUUUUCUGGAAAGUCCGACAAACAACCCGACUAUAUCCUUGCAGAUACCGAACGAAGAGGAUGAUUCGCCUGAAAUGCAAGCAAAUGUGUGUCCUACAAAUGAUUAUUGAAAAAAUCCAUCUGUACUUAGCUGAAACAUCAACACACAUCUUAAUAUUUUUGCAGCCAUGAUUGCAUAUUAUUGCUGAAGUUUGGGUAAAAGAGCGGCAUCUGAAGAUAGAUUUAAAAACAAAGCGAUGAAAAAGCUAAGUACUUAUUU